GUUCAUGUGCACUGAGCCCGUAAUCUGAGUUGUGUGGCGAAACUGGGAUACCGUUUUCACAAUUUCAAAUGCAAAUCUGUUCCUGGAUCUCUACAAAAAUGGCUGAAGACCAAUCACACUAUGUAGAACUGUCGGGAAAUCCGAUAAGAUUCGAACCUAUCAGUCGACAGACCAACGUAUUUUACGAUGAAGUGAAACGACAAGUGUUUGCAGUACGAUCAGGUGGAGCCUUUGGAGUUGUCGUCAAAGGUACAGACGAAAAGACCAGCACAACAUUCAGAAUGGAAGACAAAGGUCCGGUCAUAUCCAUCAAAUUCUCAGCCGAUCUACGAAUUCUAGCUGUACAGAGAUCACAAAGAACAGUGGAAUUCAUCAACUUUCAUUCUGGCAGUGCUGACACUACAGAGUAUUCCCAAACUUGCAAGGGCAAGACUACCAAAAUCAACGGCUUUAACUGGAUUAGUGGGAAUGAGAUCAUCUUCAUCACAGACCAUGGGUUGGAGCUUUAUCAGGUGACCGCUGAGAAGAAGACUCUGAGGUCACUGAAGACUAUCAGUAUUGGCAUCAACUGGUUCACAUUUAUGAAUGACAGCUCAUUACUACUAGUUUCAUCCUCAACACUUGGUAACGUACUGACACCUAUACAUUUUAAGACAGGUAAUGUUACCAAGCUGCCCAAGUUUGAAGUAGAUCUUCCCGUCAUUCCCAAGCCUCCCAAACUAUGCCUACUGGAGAGGGAUGUCACGAUAGCAAUCUUGUACAGUGUGAUAUACGUUGUUGUGCUCCGUCAUCAGCCGAGGGGACCGUCUAACCAAGGUGCAGAGAUAGUGCUCUACCAAGUACAAAGAGAAUCUCCAGCCAAGAAAACAGAUGUACUCAGGCUCGACAUGAGCGGCCGAUUUGCAGUUAAUGUUGUCGAUAACCUUGUAGUUGUGCACCAUCAAGCAUCAAAGACUUCGAUGGUGUUUGACAUCGGGUUGGCCCCCAGCGAAACGGACAACAACUGCAACUACCACCACCCCGUGCUUGCCCCCCUGCCCAUCAAACCGGUCAAACUCAAGGUGGCCGGAAUACCCACGCAGACGGGACUAGAGAUGAGGGAAGUCGGUGUAGAUCUCUACUCUCCCAACUGGGUUGUAUUCCAACCAAACAUCGUCAUUGAUGCCAAGCUAGGAUGUCUAUGGCAUAUCAGUCUGAGAUUAGAUGCUCUAGUACCUAUGAUACCAGACAAGUGUCGAUUGAUAGAUUUCUUGUUGCUGAGGAGGGAGAGCAAGAAGGUCAUUCUGUACGUUCUACAAACAGCCUUGGUACCUGGUCAGCACUGCAAUCUUGCCACCAUAGCCAAAAUCUUCAACAAACUUAAUGAAGUGUACAGGACGUACUUGGCUGAACGCCAUGCCCAUCAUGCAGAGGAGGCAUCGUCACCCAAGAGCAGCCAAUCAGCAGCCAGGGUUUCGUCGGGCACAAGGGUCGUCAUCGAUCAGUCGGAUAUGUACACCCAUGUACUCACACCUGUAGCAGAGAGGAAAGCUAGAAUGAAGGACUCCAGCCACAAGUUCUUGGUUGCAGUGUUAGUCGAGUACAUCCGGUCUCUCAACCAGUAUCAAAUUCCUGUGCAGCACUUCCUGUACGAGUUGGUGAUCAACACCCUUGUCCAUCACAACUGCUUCUAUCAACUCCAUCAGUUCCUUCAGUACCAUGUCCUCAGUGACUCCAAACCCAUCGCUUGCCUCUUGCUUUCCCUCGAGAGCUGCUAUCCACCCGCUUACCAACUCGCCCUGGAUAUGCUAAAGAGACUUACAACAGCCAACGAGGAGAUCAUCGAGGUCCUUCUCUCCAAGAACCAGAUCCUUGCUGCUCUCAGGUUCCUGCGCAGUGUCGGUGGAGCGGAGAGCGCAUCGUCCAGGAAGUUCCUGGAGGCGGCCUUGAACGCGGAGGAUGACAUGCUCUUCUACACGGUCUUCAAGUUCUUUGAGCAGCGCAACCUCAGGAUGAGGGGAAACCCCAUGUUUGCUCCUGGUGAACACUGUGAGAAGUUUGUGCACAAGUUUGAGCAGAAGUUUGGCUAUGAGAGCUUCGUCCCUGUCCAAUGAUGGAAGGAUGAACUGCGGCAUACCCAUGCAUCAAGCAGAGGACACAUUCCACCAAGGGCCAGGUCUUUGCAAGUGCCAAUUGCAGAGUCUUGUCUCUACAGGGACUAUGACAGCUGUCACACACGCUUUUGCACUUUUGUUGGGCAAGGUAUUGAAGAUGCAAUCAAGCUUACUGUAUAUGUUAGUGACAACCUCUAUAUAAAGGCAACCUGUCUACAGUGGUCAUUGAUGUUACCACCUUUCCAGUGCUUUCACACUUUGGAUGGACAGGAUAUUGAAGGUACAGUCAAACCUGUAUCUUUGAAAACCUCUAUAUAUAGGCAACCUGGCUAUAGUGGUCAUUGAUGUUACCACCUGUUCAGUGCUGUUACACUUAAGGUGGACAGGAUAUUGAAGAUACAGUCAAACUUGUAUCAGUGAGAAACUCUAAAUAUAAAGACCACCUGUCUAUAGUGGCCACAAUUGUCUCCAGUGUUCUUGAACCUGUCUAUAAAGGCCACUUCUCUACAUUGGCUUCUUCUAACUGUUAGUGGCCUUUAUAGAUGGGUUUGACUCUAUUUCUGCAGUUAUGUUUGUUUUUUCUUGGAGAAAAAAACAUUGAUGCAAUUUUACCUGCUUAUGUUUGCAAGGGUGGCCAACAUAUUUUGCCAGGCAAGCGGGUACCGGUAAGCAUUUGCCAAAUUCUUCAAGCAUAGUGUUUCAUCAAUCUUGUGACAUUCAAGUGAGCAAAGCUUGGGUUCAAACCGAAGCUCGUUAAAAAGCCUUGAUGAUUUUAGCAGAGCAGUUACUUACCUUGUGACAGAUUUUGCAUGCACAGGGGGUGUUUCACAAAGAUCCUAAGUUGAACUUAUCUCUAAGUUGGACUUAACAAUUAUGGAAAGCAGUUAG